AUGGUCCAAGAGACCUACGAUAUCGUCAUCGUUGGCGCGGGCCCGGUCGGCCUGCUCCUCUCCUUGUGCAUGUCCCGAUGGGGCUACAAGGUCAAGCACAUUGACAACCGCCCGGUACCAACCGCCACUGGCCGUGCUGAUGGUAUCCAGCCGCGUUCCACCGAGAUUCUGCGCAACCUGGGCCUGAAGCGCGCGAUCAUGGCCUACGAGCCUGCCAAGGUGUACGACGUCGCAUUCUGGGAUCCCAAGACCGACGGCACUGGUAUCCAGCGCACCGGCAGCUGGCCUAGCUGCCCGCGCUUCAUCGACACUCGCUACCCAUUCACCACUCUGGUCCACCAGGGUAAGAUCGAGCGUGUCUUCCUGGAUGAGAUCGAAAAGGCUGGCACCCGCGUCGAGCGCCCGUGGACUAUUGUCGGCUUCAAGAACGACGGCGCUAAUGCCGAAUACCCCGUCGAGGUGAACCUGAAGUGCCUUGAUACCAACGUCAUUGAGAACGUCCGCGCCAAGUACCUGUUCUCUGGUGAGGGUGCCCGCAGCUUUGUUCGUGAGCAGCUUGGUGUGAAGAUCCACCACAAGGACCCCAUCGCGUACGUCUGGGGUGUCAUGGACGGCGUGGUUCGCACCAACUUCCCUGAUAUCGAGACUAAAUGUACCAUCCACUCUGAUGCCGGAUCGAUCAUGGUCAUCCCCCGUGAGGACAACAUGGUCCGUCUCUAUGUCCAGAUCGCCUCGUCCACCGACCCCGACUUUAACCCCCGCAAGACCGCCACCGCGGAGGAGGUUCAGCAGACCGCCAAGAACAUCUUGAAGCCCUACUGGGUGGAGUGGGAUCGUGUUGAGUGGUAUUCUGUCUACCCCAUCGGCCAGGGUAUUGCUGAGAACUACACCCUGGAUGAGCGUGUCUUCAUGGGCGGUGAUGCCUGCCACACUCACAGCCCCAAGGCCGGCCAGGGCAUGAACACUGCCUUCCACGAUGCCCUGAACAUGGCCUGGAAGAUCCACGCUGUGGAGAGUGGCCUGGCUGAUCGUUCUACUCUGAAGACCUACGAGAGCGAGCGUAAGGAUAUUGCCGAGACCCUGCUCAACUUUGACGCCAAGUACGCCGCGCUGUUCUCCAAGCGCCGCCCGAAUGCCGACGAGGUUUCCGCCAGCAAGGCUGUCAGUGCUACCGGUGAUGAGGAAGAGGAUGAGUUCGUCAAGACCUUCAAGUCUUCGUGCGAGUUCACCAGCGGCUACGGUGUCGCCUACAAGCCCAACGUCUUCAACUGGGAUGCUAGCCACCCCGCCAAGUCUCCUCUCUUCAACAUCCCCGGCGCUCGCCUGACUGUUGGCAAGUCCUUCACUCCCGCCAUGGUGACCCGCCUCGCGGAUGCCAACUUCGUUGAGCUUGAGCAGGAGGUCCCAACCAACGGCUCUUUCCGCAUCUUUGUCUUUGCCGGCAACCAGAACAAGACUAAGAAGGCCAUCGCCGACUUUGCCGCGAACCUUGAGAAGGAGCGCUCAUUCCUGUCCGCCUACCGCCGCUCUGAUAUUGCCGAUGUCUCGUUCUUCGAGCGCCACAACCCCCACUCCAAGCUCUUCACCCUCUCUGUCAUCUAUGCCGCUGCCAAGAACGAGGUCGAUGUCGAUUCGAUCCCCCAGGUCCUGCGUGAUUACCACCACCAUCUCUAUGCCGAUGACAUUCCCGAUGUCCGUGUCCCUAACGCCAAGUUUUCCGCCCAUGAGAAGCUUGGAAUCGAUGCUGAACUUGGUGGUAUUGUUGUCACUCGCCCUGAUAGCCACGUUGCUUGCACUGUGCAGCUCGUGGAGGGUAGCGGCACUGUGGACGCCCUCAACGAGUACUUCAACUCGUUCUCGACCAAGGCUCUGGGUCAGGACUCUCAGGCUAGCCGCCUGUAA